CAGAUGAAACGAAAAUUAAUAACAGCUGUUUUUGACAUAAUUAUAAAAAAUAACCUAAACAAAACCUAAAAAAGGCAUUAAAUGUAAGACAAAAGACGGUUUGAAAGUUUUUUGUGAUGGAGAGAUUAAUAAAAUUCAGUAAAACAAUUAGAAAUAAUUGGAAGAAAUCAGUCGUAGGUGUUGUUGCUUUAUAUUAUGGUGCCGCGAAAAUCAAGGAGAAAUAUGAAAUAAAUCUUCUGAUGCGUGCCGCAUGUCAAGAAGCCGUGAAAUAUGGCGAUUCCAUGAUACCUAUGGAGAGGAAUCCAACCCUGGUUACGGUUAUACUAAACCCCGUAGCAAAUAAAAGAAAAGCGAAGAGAGAUUUUGAGAAAUACUGCGAACCGUUGCUUCAUUUAGCUGGAUUGCAAGUUGACGUAAUACAGACAACAUCAGAAGGUAAUGCUAAGGAAAUUGUUGAAACCCUUCGUGGAACAGAGGCCAUCAUUGUUGCUGGAGGGGAUGGGACAUUCUCGGAAACUGUUACAGGUUUAUUGAGAAGAAAUGAUGGAGCAAAUCAAUUCCCACUUGGAAUCCUACCAUUAGGCCGCACUAACAAUCUGGGUAACAGUUUAUUUGAAGGUGGAAAAGGUGUAGAUAGAGUUAAGCAAUUAAUAGAAGCAUCUAUGGCCAUCAUUAAAGGUGAUACAGUUUGGAAAGAUGCUAUGAAAAUUGAACCAAUGGUGGAAGAAGAGGCACCAAGUAGACCAAUUUAUGCGAUGACUUCUCUAGAGUGGGGUGCAUUUAGAGAUACUAUAGCAAAAAGGGAUAAAUACUGGUUUUAUGGCUCUCUUAGGGAUUAUGCUUCAUAUAUUUUCAAUGGCUAUAAAGAAUCUCUGAAUUGGAAUUGCAGUGGAGUGAUUAAGUAUACACCGCCUUGUGCAGGUUGUAGCAAUUGUUUAGAGAAAAAACCCGAAAUAAAGAGAAAAUGGAGUUUCUUUAUGCCGAGUGCACCGGAAACCGUCACAACCACGGUUGUUAACCCUGAAUGUGCAACAUUAAAUGAAUUAUGCUUCAAGACGAGCAAUCUAAGGAUUCAACCGCAGAAAAUUGGUGACUCUGAUACUCCUUCACUUAGUAUUGUGCUGGGAAAAAAUAAAUACAGUUAUACGGAAUUUGUUUCCGAUGGUUGGCAACGAAUUAAGGGUAUAGAUGAACAUGUUAACAGCAUUGCAGCUCGGACUGUGGAACUUUUGCCUAAUGAAUCUGGCCCAGAAGUAAUAAUUGAUAUAGACAGGGAAGAAUUUGAAGUGAAGCCCGUUAAAAUAACAUUACUACCUCAUAUUGUUAAGAUAUUCUGUACUAAUAAAAUGGUUAUGUAAUAAAAAAAUAUUUGUAGAUUUUCAACUUUAAUGAGAUAUUAAAUAUUGGUUUAUUUAA